CGUUUUUUUUUUUGGGCAAUUAAUAAACAAAUGAUGCCGUAAAACAGGCAGACCCACUAGAGCAACCAAACCCCAUCACCACCUGUGAAAAGAAAAACCUAUAAAAAAUUGAAAUUUUCUUUAAUGUCAAGAUCGGAAAAAAGAAGAAACUAAGAGAGAAAAGAAAAAAAUAUUGAAAUAAGAAAAUUGUUGAAAAAAUUAUUUCAAAUGUAAAUCGCCACCUCGCCGCCGCCGCCGCCACCGAAAAAUGCGAAAUAAAAUGGAUGUGAAAAUUUUGAAACGUUUCACAUUUCUGUAUCGUCGGAAUUUUGAAAUUUUCCUUCUAAUAUUUACCAUGUCGAUAGCUUGUAUACUCUUGACCCAUCAUGUCCGGUCGGCAAUUAAAAAUGUCCGUUACGAUCGUCAGCUGCGGGGCGAAAGCAUAACCGUGUCGAUGGAUAAACGACAAAUACGCAAUGACCGAUUGAAAUCGAUGCUGCAUUGCUUCGAUAGGCCCCUGCAAAUGGAACAGCUGCAAUAUGGCCACUACUGGUUGCUGAAAAAUCUGAUACGAGGACGUCGCAGCAUUUAUAUGGGUUGUACCGAAUCCAUAACCUAUACCACAAAUGGAGAUUAUACGUUUCUGGAUAAUAUUGAAAUGGUAGUGACACGUUGGAUGGGCCCCGUCAGCCUGGCCCUCUUCGCCCCCGGCUAUGAUUUCAACGCCACCAUGGAUUCCAUACAAUAUGCCCGCCACUGCUUGCCAGAAAGUGGUCUCAUCCGAGACUAUGUCACAUUUCACAUUUACUUCCCCAAUGAUCAUAUGCCCCCCGAACGGGUACCUCUGACCGAAGAAGAAGCUCUCGAAUGGCCAUACGAUUGUCAAUUGGCCGAGGCUCCAUACGAGAAUGUGGAUCGUUCGAAUAUGUAUAAGACAAAGAAAAAUCUCACUUAUCCCAUAAAUGUGGGCCGGAAUAUUGCGCGGAGGGCGGCAAAUACUCAUUUCAUCUUUGCCUGUGACAUUGAGUUGUAUCCAAGUCGAGGAUUGAUUGAACAAUUUCUGGAUAUGGCCUAUGACAAUGUCACAUUGGUGGCACCCAGCCGGGAGGGUAAGGCCAUGAGGGUAUUUGUCCUGCCCGUAUUUGAGUUGAAAAAAGAUGCUGCCAUCCCAGAUAGUAAAAAGGAAUUGGUGCCAAUGCUACGUGCGAAGAAGGCAAUACCCUUCCAUUACUAUGUCUGCAAGUCGUGUCAUGUUGUGCCGCAACAGGAACACUGGGUCAAUGCAACCUUUAGUGAUAAGCUGUCCGUUUUUACGGUGGGUAAACGCCACAAAAAAUACGUCUAUUGGGAGCCAUUCUACAUAAGCGACAAUCAUGAGCCGCUGUUCGAUGAACGUGUUACCUGGGAGGGCCAGUCGAAUAAACGCAUACAAAAUUAUGCCAUGUGUCUGCUGGACUAUGAAUAUCAUAUCCUACAUCCGGCAUUUCUGGUCCAUUCGCCGGGCAUCAAGAAAUACAAUCCGAAAUCGGAACGUCAGCAGUAUGUGGGGCCUAUGAAUAAAUUUAUUGCGCAGAAAAUCAAACCGGAAUAUGCGGUGUUGUAUGGCACGAAUAAGGAGUGUAGGGUGUGAGGGGAGGAGGAGGAGGAAAUGGGAAAUGGGGAACAAAGAGGCAUGAUGCAGGAUUCAGUAUUUAGAGGAGGAAAAAAUUCGUAAUUGUGACCCCAAGUAUGAAAAUGAUUCGAAUUACGACCCGCCUUGCCAAGAAGCUUCCGGCAUAGCCAAGGAUUUAUUUUUAGAGGAAUUUUUCAAAGAAUUUUAAAUCAUCGAUCUAGUGAUAAUAAAUAAGUAUUUUUUAAAAAGAUUUUUUUUAAUUGAAAUAAAUUAUUACAUGUGCGGAUCUUAUAUAUAGUGUAAGGAUAUUUUAGAA